CACUGGGUAAUAAAAAGAAUAUACAACCGUUAGUGGGCGUCUUACACAGGCAUGACGUUUUUACGAACGGGACUUUGCUCUCUUGUUCUAUUUAUACUCUUUGCUUUGAUACUGUAAACACAUUGGUUACUAGGGCCUGGCUAAGGCCUUUGCGUUCGCUCCCAUCCAUCUGCACAACGUAAGUGAUCCAGGAUGGUUUCCCUUCCUCGAGAUGUUCAUAAAUGGCUUCAAAGUCUAGAUCUGUCUUUUCCGGUUAGAAAUCCAAGGAGAGACUUGUCGAAUGGUUUUUUGAUAGCAGAGAUAUGCUCAUGGUAUUAUCCUGAUGACAUCAACAUGCAUUCAUACAACAAUGGCAAUUCUCUUGAAAGUAAGCUGGGCAAUUGGUUUCUGCUACAGAACCUUUUCAAGAUCCAUUGCUUAGAUGUACCUGUAGAGCUCAUAGACAGCACAAUUCAUUGUCGACCAGAUGGCGCAGAGUUGCUUGUUCAAUAUUUGUAUACCAAAUUAACCAAUAGAAAAAUUAGGCGAUUGGAAUUGGAACAUGAUAUUGACUUUACAGAUCAUAGCUACCAGAUGAGACUGCCACUACAUGCCAGAUCGACAGCUUCAACAUCUGUGAAAACCAACCUAAAAAUUACUGAAUUUUCAACAGAGCCAAACAUCAUAACUUGUCAACAAAAGGCCCAAGAAGUUAUAAAUAGAAGAAUAGAGCAUAGGCAAAAGGAAAGAUAUGAAGAUCCAGUUCGCUAUAAUGUUAAGCCAACCAUUGGCCAACUGUCAGUCAGAAAUGUGAGCAUGUGAGCAGGUUUGCUAAUUAAGAAAAUGAUUUAGACAAAGAAAGUGUAAAGUUCACAGCCAACAACAAAUAAUAUACAAGUCAGAAUAUUUUGUAAGAAUGUAGCUUCUGAUGUUUAUACUAUUAAAAGUCAUCAUCAACAUUCCAUAAA